ACGCGGGAAGGAAGGAAGGCGGGGAAAACGCUCCAAGUGCUGAGAGGCCGCGCCGUGCGAUGCUGAGGGGAAAUCGCCUGAGGAAUACAGAGACUGCACUCACCUUAUAGCCAAGAGGCCUUGCAAGAGUGAAAAGUUCUUAGCAGCAUGUGCAGCAGGUAUGUAUAGUAUGCUGUUCCUUUGCAGACGGUUCGGAAACUUCAGCUGGUGCAGAAUUUGGCAGUCAAGUUGCUCAAUAGGGCAAGAUAAUUUGAGCAUACAGUACUGUAUUACAGUGAUCCUGGACUGACUGCACUGGUUGCCAAUUAGUUUCCGAGCCCAAUUCAAAGUACUGGUUUUUACCUAUGAAGCCUCAAAUGGCCCAGGACCGCAAUACCGUAAGGACUGUAAUUUCCCAUAUGAGCUGACCCUGUGAUCAUAAUCUGAAGCCCUUCUUUGUGUGCCUCAUCCAUUAAAGUUCUGGAGGAUGGCAACACGAGAACACCUUUUCUGUGGUGGCUCCCUGUUUGUGGAAUGCUCUCUCCCCCGGGAUGCUUGCCUGGCACCUUCAUUAGGUGACAAGUAAAAGCAUUUCUCUAUAACCAGGUCUUUUGACUGAUUAACAUUUUUUGGCCUUUUAAGUGUGUUUAUUAUGCUGGAUUAGUGUUUGCCAUUGUUGACUUUAAUAACAUUUUAAAAUAAUAGUGUGUUGAAAUGGUUAGGAUAUUUUUAAUGGUUUUAAAUUAUAUUUAAUUGGUAACAUUUUGAUAUAUAGUCUAUAGAGUGCUUUUGGAAGAAUAUUUUCUUUUAAACUGUAUACAAGUUUGUUAAAUAAUAAUACCUAUACUCAGAUUAAACAUUUUAAAAUUGUAACCAUUAACUAUUGAUGGUGCACUGAGUAUAAACACAAUCAAUUUAUCAAAUUAGUUACCUUAAAACUUUAAUGCUUAAGAUUUUUUAAAAGGCCAUUCUAAUCUGUUACAUGCUUUCUCUUGGGGUAUGAUUGUUGGGGGCUGUUGUUGCUGUUGGUUUUUUUGUAUCUGUGUUCUAGAUCUUGUUGCGAUUUAUGUAGAUUUCUUUCAGUUUGGUUGCGUUUUAUUUAUGGUUUAUGACUACCGGUACUUACAGGUACUUAGCAUUUUUUUCAUGUUGUAAGCUGCCUUGAUCAUGGUUUGAACUGUGGAUCGGUGGCAUACAAAUAAAAUGAUGCAUAUGUGUGUACAUAAUUAUAGUUGGUUUUGUUUUAUAUCUUCUGUGACCUUAAAAAUCCUGCAGAUACUAAUUAUUAGUGAGCACUUUGGGUAUUGUACCUAUUUAACAAGGUUUUCAUUUCAUUUCUUGCAUAUCACCAUAAAUUUUCCAACAAUAACUUCUCUUUAGCUUUCAUAGUUGCGGUAAUUCUCAUUGAUCGUUUAACAUUUUUUUUGCUAAUGACAAAGAUUUUGAUGAAUUUGAAAAUACCUUGAAAAUACCUCUUGAGAGACAACGGAGUAGCUGCUGUAACUAGAAACUUGUAACUGCUGCUUCCUGCAUUUGCUUUUGCUGCAUUAGCAGCACUGAAGUGACCUCUCCGGGGUGCAGGCCUUGGCAGUGUGUAUGGAGUUCCUGGGCUGUCUAGGCAACAAGAGCUGCCCCACUUAACCUCACUGAAAGGAAAGCAGAGCAAUACAUUUGGCACCAGCUUGGCUGCAGGAAUUAUCGGAAGGAGGCACAGAAGACUCCAUUUAACCAUCCUAGGGACUCCACUCCGGACUUGUGUAGGGUUUACUCCUUAGCCUUUUCCCCUCCCAAAUAUGUCCCGCAAGGCAGGGGGUAGACCAUGCAGGGAAUUUUAUUCCCAAACAUCUAAGAGGGCAUAGGGCUGGGUUAGGCUAUUCUAAUUUGGAACAGGGGGGGGGGGCGCUGUGGUCUAAACCACUGAGCCUCUUGGGCUUGCUGAUGAGAAGGUUGGCAGUUUGAAUCUGCACGACGGGUGAGCUCCUGUUGCUCUGUCCCAGCUUCUGCCAACCUAACAGUUUGAAAGCAUACCAGUGCAAGUAGAUAAAUAGGUGGCAGGAAGGUACACGGCGUUUCCAUGUGCUCUGGCUUCCGAGACAGUGUUCCGUUGCGCCAGAAGCGGUUUAGUCAUGCUGGUCACAUGACCCGGAAAGCUGUCUGUGGACCAGCGUCGGCUCUCUCGGCCUGAAAAGUCCAUUUGCCUUUUACUGGACUUAAGUGUCCAGGGGUCCUUUACCUUUUUAUGCUAUUCUAGAUCCCAACUGGAUUUUAAUUAAAACACCUAACGUGAUAAAAAUGGAAGGUAUCAAUAAGUUUAAAAUCACAAGUUUUCACAAAAAAAUAGCAACUCGUGCUCUCAGAGACCUGUGGAUACACAAAGUCCUCCUUUCAGCCUCCUCUUCAUGUGGGUGUGAACCCAGAGCUCUUAUUUGAACUGUGGCAUCUCAAGCUCCAUGAAAUGACUGCACCUUUUUCCUUGCUGGCCCUAAUGCCUGAAUUCGCCUUUCAGCAUGUCUCCAUUCAACCAUGUCACUUAUUUCCCUUAAGCCUCUCCUCAAUACUAACCUUUUCUGGAAAGCUUAUGGAUAAUCACCUAAUCCCUAUGGUAAAUAAAUCAAAGUACCCAUGCCUCUAUUUUCCCUUUCUUCCCCUGCUGUACUGUGUCGAUUUAGAUUGUAAACUCCUUGAGGUAGGGACCUAUUAUAACUGUUCUUUAUAAAGUGCCAUGCACACUGGACUAUAAAGGUCAAUUAUUAUUUAUAUCUUUUUCUUGUGUCAACAUCAAUAAUACAGAAAACGCUUCUGUCCUAGAAUGUUAACCCCCUACAAACUUAUUACGAAUGCGCACUAGUGGAAGCUACCCAAAGGAAACUUGUGACUGAUGUUUUUCGUACAAAAUCUGAGUGUUUCAGGUAGCGUGCCUUUGUGAUGGGGAACCUUUUCACCAAGAAAUAUUAUUACGGGGUAAUGGUUCCUAAACAAAGAGGCUGAGAAUACCUUUCCCCUCCCCUUCCCUUUCCAUCAGAUGACUGCUGGCAUGCAAAGCUAGCACCUAUAGAAGUACCAUCUGGUAAAACGUUGCCUUGCAAUGGCACAAUCUGCUCUGCUCGGCUGUAAAAUUGAUUAGGAUCACAGUUUUAGCUGCUUCACUAUGAAAUAUGCUGUAGUUAGUUUUUAUGUAAAGCGUAUGGUGCUGCUGUUACUGAUUUGAACCCUGAAAGAAUGGGAAAAUAAGGUUUGGGCAAAGGAGGAAAGGGGACAAUACCAUCAAAAUCACAUUUAAGUUAGCAUGUUGAGUACAUGAUGUGCUAAUAGAAGAGAAAUCAAUUUUGGAGGUGGAAGCUGCUGGUAUAAAAUAAUUCUCUCUAAAAUUUAAUGUUUGACUGAGGUUAUAGGGGCCUCCAGAAUUAGGGUGGGCAUGGCUACUGUAUAGUUAAACUUUACAGAGUAUGCUAGCUGGUGGAUGUGUGAUAUUUAUGGUUCACAUUUUGAAGAUGAAAAGUUGCAGAAGUAUGAGUGUCUAUCGGCUAUAUUUUUCUUUUAGAGCACAUGCUGACAGAAUAUAGAAUAAUAUAUCUGAAAUAUGCUAAUGCAGAAUAAAGGGGGGGGUUUCUUGAAGAAAGAAUCCAUGUGUAGGAAUGGGCAAGCAUUUAUUCUCCUGCUUGCAGUCCUUUGCAAAAAAUCUGUUGAUUUUUCAAAGCAUUUCCCCACCGCCACACCAAAAAGAAUGCUUAGUGUUUUGAAAGCGUGAUUAAGGCUACAGUACUAUACAUAUACACUUGGAAGUAAAUAUAUUUUUGAGAAUAUAUUAUGCAUAGAAACUAGUGUAUAAGCAUGAAAUGUUAAUUAAUACAAAGUUGUUCAAAAUGAAUAGACACAUUUUUAAUUUAAAAAAACCUAACGAAUUCUUACAAAAAAAAAAAUAGGAUCACUGUUUUUAAUGAAAAUGUGCCAAAACAUUUUAACAUUAUAGAAAAGGUCAGCUACUACAGUAAAAAAUUACAUUAAGAUCCCCAUUUUUCUGCCCUAACAGCAGUUGUUACUAAUUUUUAUAUUUGAUCUUCAUUUGAUUGCCAUUUGUCUGCAGGAAAAAAAUUCUUUUGUGCAUGACAGUUCAUUUGCUUUCCAGGAAAGUGGAUACUAACCAAGGACUACAUAAUUAAUAGUGCCGAAAAUGGCAGAUGGCUUGAUGAAACAACUUACGAAUGGGGAUAUAAAAUCGAAAAAGUCUCCCAUUAUUCACCUCAAAUGCAAUCUGCACCUAAAAGAUGGCGCGAAGAGCUGAUACGCUCUGGUGCUGCAGGGGCCUUUCACAGAUGGAAAGUUCUCCUCCUUGUUAUCAAUGGUGAUAAACUAAAGGAUUCUUUGAGAAGAGUUCUAGAAGCAGGAAAAGCCACAGUCCAUGCAGCAUUAAGUACACCAAAGGACAUUACUCAUGUGUUAACUAAUAAUCCAGCAUUAGUUCAAGAAGGAGAGAAGCAUCUCAUUGGUGUGCCAUACUGUCCAGUUGGCUAUUUAGAAAUUUAUCUCUUAGAGAAGGAAAUUAAAAGCGAUACUGAAAAAUACCAAGAGAACCAUCUUAAACCUGAACAGUCAAGACAGGUGAUGACUGGCAGGCAUCUUGUUGAAAUGAAAAAUGAACUUAUAAAGCAUAUAUAUUCUGAACAGGCUAUGCUAAGAAAAUAUACUCAGAUAGACCAAAUGACUGAGUGCAGAAAUGUGGUAAAAAAUACUCACUGUAUCAAUAUACUUGAACUAGUAGAUGACCACUUAUUUCCUAUUGCAAUCUCAGAAUUUUUAUCCGGAAAAGAUCUGAUUCCUCCUGCUAAACUUGUUCACUCUCUUCUAGAGCACAUACUUCAGGGAAAUUCAGACCAAUUACUUCCUGUUCAGUUCUUUCAUAUCAUGUAUGCUCUUCUUCAACACGACCCUCCUUGGAAAUCACCUUCUAUGUUAACAUACUACCUGGAAGUUCUUCAAUGUCCUGUUUGCAUGAGGGGAACCUGGCCUCUGUUAGAGAUGCUUGUGAGGUCUUGCCUUUACUGCAGUAAUAUUUGUCAUUCAGUCCCUGUUACAGAAACUACAGAUGAGGCAAGAAUGUUUCACAAAACACUGUUAAUGUUUCUUAUGAAUUUGUUCCAGGAUGAAGUAAUAGCAUUAACAAGAAGUUUGUAUGAAGACAAUUCACAGCAAGCACAAGUGAUGCCGCAAACUGUUCUUCUGGAAACAUUCUGGUUAGGAAGUGAAUCGGUGCUUUUCACAAAACGUAUAAACAUUCUAGUAGACUGGGUCAUAAAUUCCUAUAGAGAGAAGUACAAGACAGAUGAUAUCGUCAAGCAUGAAGUAGCUGACUUGUUGAACAGAAUUUUGGGAGUUGUGGUCGAAUACUGGAUUCUUUCAGGGUUCCUAAUAGACAAAAAUAUGUUACAUCCUGUAGCUGCUGAUCUUGCAUCUUAUAUUGCCAUUUCAUGUAAUGAUUUUUCACCGCAGGAAUUAAAAUCGUUCAUUUCUUCCAUAACAUCUCUGUGGCUUGAAAUGUUUGUUGCAGAAGCAGUUUUUAAAAACUUGCCAUUCCAAACCAAUGCUGUUGUUUCUACUGAAUUGCUGUCUCUCCAAAAAAUUGUUUGUUCCUAUCUGCCUGCUUUACAAGUUGGGUUGUGUGAGCCAAGGAUACACAAAGCAAAGAAAAGGAAAAUAGGGCAAUGGCCUUGCCCUAAGUCUCAAAGGGCAUUACUGGUGCUAAAUGGUGAUAAGCAGAACCAAGCCGAAGUGCUGCCCGAUGUACCUAUACAAGGCACUGGUAACUCUGCUUGUGUUCAAAAGAAAUUGGGAAACAAAGCUGAAGUUGAGAUGAUGCACAGCAAAGAUAACCAUCGUUUUUCAGCGAAGCAGGGGGCUGUUAACAAGGUUAAUGUUAAAGGAGAGACUGCCCUGCAUACUGCUUGCAAAAGGAACAAUGUGAAGCGAUUGAUUCAACUUCUCUCAUUUCCAGGAAUAGAUAUUAACAUUAAAGACUAUGCUGGCUGGACACCUUUGCAUGAAGCUUGUAACCAUGGAAACACUGUGUGUGUGGGUGAAAUUUUGCAACGUUGUCCAGAGGUAAACCUGUUCAGCCAAGUGGAUGGGGUGACUCCCUUGCAUGAUGCCCUGAAAAAUGGACAUGUGGAAAUUGCCAAGCUUCUACUUCAGCACGGGGGACCAGUUUUGCUACAGCAGAAAGAUUCAGAGGGGAACCUGCCGCUGGAUAUCAUAAAGUGUGAAACAACUAAGCAGCAACUUUUGCAUCUUGUUAAUCCAGAAGAGACAGUUGAGGAAUUCCAUGCACAAGUGGAAAGCAAUUUUCAUAAAACACAAACAGAAUUUUGGACAGUCUUAUAUUGCAAGAUGUUGCUAAACUUUUGUUCUGUAUAUAAGCUAUUUAAGCCUUUUUCUGUAGCCUUUAAAAAGCUAGCCUGCUCCAAACCGUUGCUGAUGACAGCUGAUUGUUGCAAGUUUAAUGCUAGCUCUAGCCAUUGGUUCAUAGAUCUUUAUUUCAGAGAGCUUGAAACCUUUCGACAUCUCCCAAUAUAUCUUCAUAAGAUGAUUGAGGAGCUUAAAAAGGGCACAGGUGAACAGCAGCAAGCUUUUGCAGCAGCACUACAGCAAAUUUCAGUGGAAAUCCAAAUGUCUAACUGUUAUUUGGCCAACUAGUUCCCAAACUAGGUCUGCUUGCCAAAAGCUGAUAGUCCACUGGGGUAACUAAUGUGAUAUCUCCCGAUGUCCUUGGACUCCAGCUCCCAUCAGCUCCAUCCAGCAUGACCAAUGAUAAGAGAUGAUGGGAGUUGUUGUCUUGGCAGCAUCUGGAGGGUACCUCAUUGUCUAAUCCUGGUCUACCAUGUUUAUCAUCUUCAACAUAUAAGUGUAAUACCCUUGCCUGGUUGACCUACUGAUCCCCGCAAGGGAACUAAGACUGCAUUUGCCGUAACACAAAACUGGCUUCCUACUACAAUGCGAACAAGCUGCACCAAGUAUCAGGUUUGCACACUUUCCUUUCCCAGAAGAGAAAACCAGAAUCGUUUGUUCCCAGUUUUGCACUAACCAGAUUUUCCCUUAAGCUGUUUGAACUCGGGAAACUUACUUGAUCCUGUCUUGUCCCCACUAAUUAAUUAAGCAAUCUGUUUUCUCAGAUGCUGGCUUGUCCUUACUUGGGCACUACAGCACAUUCUCAUCAGCUGUGAAAUGGCCCAUAGUCUCUUAAAAUUCGGGUGGGUGAGCUCCAGCAACGAUCAUAGCACCAACUUAGGGGAUCCUUUUACUCCAUCCUAUCAAGCAACACUUCAUUUUGUUGGCUACCUCAUUUUGUUCUCUGCAAUCCUGUAUAAUAUUUUUCUAAUAAUCACUAAUCCUGUAUAAUAUUUUUAUUAAUAAAAUUGUUUUUGUAAUGUGAUCAAUAUUUGAAUAGAAUACUGUAUACUUGGUUCAUUUACUUUUAGGAGGCAAUAUACCGUGUUUCUCAUAUUAUAAGACACGUCUUAUAUUUAUUUUUUCCUCAAAAAAACACACUAUGGCUUAUUUUCAAGGGAUGUCUUAUU